UCCGCCUUCUUCAGGACUGAAAGCCAACCUAUUCUUCUGUAAGAGCUUUCCCGAGACUCUCAUUCAAAUCCUCUUUCUGUCUCCACAAUCUAAUGCCUGGAUCCAGGUUUAGGAGAAAGGGGACGCUUAUCCCACCAAGGAAGGGAGCUGUGUGUGGACCUCACCUCCUCUGCCAGGUUCUUCCUGCCCUGGUCCUGUGUGGGGUGAGGAGGAGAGGGUCUCUCCUUGUGCCUAAAGCCUUAUGAUCUUCCCAAGCACCAAGCCAUGACUCUGAGCUCUGACAUGUCCGAUGCCUCUGUGUUUGCUGAUGAGACCGACAUUGAUGUGGUGGGAGAGGGAGAGGAAGAGGAGCCCAGGGGGGUUUCCUAUGGUGAGGAUGAAGAGGAAGAGGAGGUGGUGGUGGCAGAUCUUCCUGAGGACAUGUUGAUGCCAAGGUCUCCUCAUUGCUCCUCAACCAAAGAUCCUUACAAGCCUGCCAACAAGAACACUUUGGUGAAGCCCCCCUACUCUUACAUUGCCUUAAUCACCAUGGCCAUCUUGCAGAGCCCCAAAAAGCGCCUGACCCUCAGUGAGAUCUGUGAGUUCAUCAGCAACCGGUUCCCCUAUUACAGGGAGAAGUUCCCAGCCUGGCAGAACUCCAUCAGACACAACCUCUCCCUCAAUGACUGCUUUGUCAAGAUCCCCAGGGAACCAGGCAACCCUGGCAAGGGCAACUACUGGACCUUGGACCCAGAGUCUGCAGACAUGUUUGACAAUGGGAGCUUCUUAAGAAGGAGGAAAAGGUUUAAAAGACAGCAAGCCCCAGAGCUACUGCUCAGGGACCCAGGUCACUUCCUCCCUGCUGCUGCCUAUGGCUAUGGACCAUACAGCUGUGGUUAUGGUAUCCAGCUGCAGCCUUUCCACCCCCACUCUGCCUUGAUUGCCUUCCAUUCACAGUCUCAGCAACAUCACAGCAGACCGCCACCAGGGGCCCCUGGCAUCCCAGCACCUUCACUAAUGCCACCUGCAACUACAGACCUGCCAAGAACCUGCACCUUCUACCCUCACCAGAUCAGUGCAACGCUCUCACCAUCACUACAAACCCCCAAAAGCAGCCCAGCACUCACCAGGUCUACCUUCUCCAUAGAAAGCAUCAUAGGUGGGGACCUUAGCCCAGUACAGUGCACCUCUACCAAAACAUCUGGGGCCCCUGCCCUUUCCAGGGCCCUGGUGACUUUCUCUAGCUCUCCUGCUGCACCAUUAGGGAGUAGCCUUCAGCCUGGGUCAGUGCUUGCCAAUGGAGACACUUUUACCACUAGGAUUCCAAAUUCUUAAUCAAAUCAGGCAUUUACUGAGAAGGUAGGACUUUUUCUAUGGGUUAUACAGAAUUUGCCUUUUAAAAAAAAAUAAAAAAUGUUAGUAUCUGAUGGACCAAGAAAUGUUUUGCUACAUUCCUGCCAAAUGUAUGUACUGUGUCUUUUAUAGGCCAAGCCAAGGUUACCUGCAAGAAAAAAUAAACCUACAGGGAAAUGGUACAUUUAAUUUCCCUUUAAACAGCCAUUUGGGAUAUUUUACGAUUCUCAGGAGAUUCAUAGAAUCAAAGCGAUGUAUUUUUUAUGCACAAUUAAAAAGUGCUUUUUUUUGUGACAAAUGAUUUAUAUGUUUACACAGUGACA